CACAACGUCAGCUAACAACCCUACAGCCAUUACCACCCCGCGUUUCCCCUACCCAACAUCGCGCGAUACUGCCCAGCUGUUCACGCCAUCCGGGGUUACAAGUUCGAAAGCUUCCCGGCGCGUUUCGCAUCUUCGCAACGACAGAAACCGCAGCGAACCAGCUAGGCUGCCGGCCUCGUGCUGUGUAGCCAUCGCUCCCCAGCAUGGGGUUCAACGUGUUCCACAUCCUCGGCGAUGUAUCGCAUACCUCAUCUAAGCUCAUUCUGAUAUGGGCGAUACACUCCAAUAGCAGCGCUGAAGGUGUCUCCCUCAUAACCCAGGCCCUCUACGCGCUUGUCUUCUGCACCCGCUACCUAGACAUCUUCAAGUCGUCGGCGACAAAAGACCUCUGGCAUACAUGGAACUUCUCGUUGAAGAUAUUCUACACCCUCUCAUCGUUCUAUAUCAUCUUUCUCAUGACGAGCGUGUAUGCGCGCACAAGAGAAAGGGAGAAGGCGUGGAAAUUCGGCAUGUACUGUCUGCUUGGCGCCUUGCUUAUUUCGCCUUUCUGGUACCUGAUAUUCCAAAAAUGGGUCAUUGGGCCUAACACUUUCUUGAAGAUGCUUUGGGUGUUCUCGGAGAUACUGGAAUCUGUCUGUGUCAUCCCUCAGCUACUCCUCCUCCGCCAGACCACAGUCCCCACCGUCAUCGACUCAUUCUACCUCGUUACGCUCGGCACCUACCGCUUCUUGUAUAUCCUCAAUUGGAUCGUCCGCGGAGCGAAAGAGAAAGACUAUCGUGAUCCCACGUCGUGGGUUUGGGGCACCAUUCAAACAGCCCUCAUGAUCGACUUCGCGUGGGUGUACUGGAGCCGACAGCGAGUGAAGCUAAGGCGAGGCGGAGUUGUGGACUCAGAAGACUUUGGACGAGGCUGGCUCGUGGGCCGCUUCGUCGGAAGGAAGAGCGUGGACUUUGACUUUGACGAGGAGGAAGCUGGGACAAGGCAUGAUGACCAAGAUGCGCGACCGAAGAACACCUGGGGAAGGAGGGGUAUCUCAGUCUCAGCUGAUGAAGGCGUGCGUGACGCGCCGCGACGGAAGAGCCCCGGCAACGGCCAUGCUGAACCUGAAUCGCAACCUCUAACCGACCCGGCAGCUUUCGAAGAUGACGAGAGCGACGAUGAGGGCCUUCCCCCAGCCGCAUCCGCCAGCCAUGCCAGCGGUGUUCGGGGCGGGGACGAGUGGACUGAUGAUAUUGACGCCGAUGCGCGGGAGCACGACGGAGCUCCGAGGUGAGCUUUACUGCGCGCUUGAAAUGUGUUGAUAUAGGUGUUUCGAUCAUCAUUAUGUUACUGUGUGGAUAUCCCAUGGUCUUCUAGGGUGUAGGGAGGUCUGUGGGCGUACGGUGGAUCCUUGCUUAUACGACCGGCAUAUUGCAUACUUUCAUAUCAUCAGCAUCAACGACGUUCGGUCUUUGCUCCCACGGACGCACGGCUCGCAUACUCUGGUAGCAUCAUUGUUAACGACGUUCACUCAUCUUACCAAAGCGCGGACAAUUCGCAACGGAAGAUCAAGACUGCGGAGUGACUUGGUGGUGGUGUAUUCCGUAUUCCGCUUACCCCCAAACCCAUCCCAC